AAAUCCCACCUCAGCCACUGACUCAUUGUGUGACCCUGAGCGAGUCACUUGUGCUCCGUCUUUCGGGUGAGACGUAAUUGUAAGUGACUCUGCAGCUUAUGCAUAGCUCACACACCCUAGUAUCUAUCUGUAAGUCGCCUUGGAUAAAGGUGUCUGCUAAAUAAACUAAUAAGAAUACCCUGUUUACAUCAUGGCAUGGAAUACGCCAAUUCAGAACUGGACUAGUAUUACUCGCAUGUAAUUGUGGUGAUAGAUAUGUUUUAAAUGUUUGUUUUUUGAACCAAGGCAAUUGCAGAACCCAAUAAAAUAUACUGUUAUGACAGAGGGAGAUGAAAUAAAUAUCUAUCUAUCUAUCUAUCUAUCUAUCUAUCUCUCUCUCUUAAUCUUGUCUCCUUUUUAUUUGCUAGCUAUGCCCCUUUAAGACAGACUGUCAGUAAAACCAGUGCUGAUUGGUUCAUUUUUCCCGUGACCUGGCAACCAAACAGCAGCACACAGACGCGUUCAUCCGGAUACCACCAGGGAGGACGUUGUGGGAAAAAAAUAAUAAUAAUAAUUACAAAGUAAAAAACUUAGCUUGCUCUCUUCUUCUGUAAAGUAUAGAUUCAGUUUGAUAAUAGGUUAAGAUAAACAUGUCGAUGCGGACGUUGCCACUGCUCUUUAUUAAUCUCGGCGGGGAGAUGCUGUAUAUACUGGAUCAGCGACUACGAGCACAAAAUAUACCGGCAGAUAAAGCCAGGAAAGCUGAUUGGACAGCUGGAGACAGGAGAAGAGUUAUGAAUGACAUCAUCACUACAAUGUUCAAUAAGACAUUCAUGGAAGAACUGUUCAAACCUCAAGAGCUCUACUCAAAGAAGGCACUGAGGACUGUGUUUGAUCGACUAGCCCAUGCCUCUAUUAUGAGGCUAAACCAGGCUAGUAUGGAUAAGCUCUAUGAUCUCAUGACAAUGGCUUUUAAAUACCAGGUACUGCUAUGCCCAAGGCCUAAAGACAUUUUAUUAGUCUCAUUCAAUCACAUGGAUGCAAUCAAAGAUUUUAUCCGGGACUCGCCUAGCAUUUUUAACCAGGUGGAUGAGAUCUUUCGUCAGCUCAUAGAGAUGUACGGCAGUCUCCCCGCUGGUGAGUUUCAGCUCAUCAGACAGACACUGCUCAUCUUCUUUCAGGACAUGCACAUCAGAGUGUCAAUUUUUCUGAAAGAUAAAGUACAGAAUUCCAAUGGUCGCUUUGUGUUGCCAACCUCAGGGCCCGUUCCAUAUGGAACUCAGAUCCCAGGACUUAUCAGAAUGUUUAAUUGCAAUGGUGAUGAAGUGAAAAAAUCAGAGUUCCCAAAUGGUGGAAACUACACCAGUCCUCUUCAGGAAGGAUCGUUUGAUCUGUAUGGAGGCAGAGUCCUAAAACUUGGAACAAACAUGUACAGUGUCAGCCGUCCUGUUGAGACUCACAUGUCGGGAACAUCCAAGAGUUCUGCAUCACACGCUAAGGAGAAUGCUGCCCCAAACCCGCUUGCUAAAGAAGAAUUGAACCUGUUGGCAAGACUUAUGGGGCGUCUAGAAGUGAAGAAGACUACUGGAUCAGAGUCAGGUUUCCGGGUAAACCUUUUCUCAACGGAUGAGGAAGAAGAGGAGGCUGCAAUAUUAAGACCUUCAGAAUUUUCUUACCAGUUCAUCAACAUACAGGCUACACAGGACCAACAAUCAAAUGAAGAGCUCGCUCGAAUCAUGGGGGAGUUUAAAGAAGAAGAUUCGGUCAGCCAGAGCCCCUGCAGCAAGGGAGAUGAUCUUCUUGCCAUGAUGGAUGGACUGUAAUGUUGUGAACAAGAGACCUUGUCAUCCAUACACAUUUUAUUGCUUCACUUUGCAAAAUGACAUUGUGGCGGAGUGUCCCGCCCCUAUUUGUUAUUAUUUGUAUUUGUUUGCGGCGCGGAUAAAAGUGCCGCGUCUUUUGUUAUUGUUUUUUAUAUUUAUAUUUAUAUUUAAAAACCCUGUGAGGAUGCAUGACUGAUCAGCUACUGAUUAUUUAACUAGCUGACAGUCAUGCAUCCUUACCAAACGCGUGCAAACUGUGGCCGAGGGGUAAUAAGAUAAUUAACAACUAGUUAACCCCUUGGCCAGAGUAUAAGAACCUGCAGCUGUCUGUGCUGCGGGGUUGGGUGUACAGAGAGGAGGCACGGGGAGAUAGAGAGGAGACAGAAUUUAAUAAUUGCUAAAACGUGCUGGAUUAGCCAGCAUGACACUUACUUGUUUGUCUGUCUGAUUCGUUUGGCCCUCGUGCCCUUUGGUUUUGUUGUUUUGUUUAAGUCUUUUGUUUAGUUUAUUUAUUUAUUAAACACGCUGAGUGCUGUAGCAUUCAGCUUCACCCGCCCAUCCAUUGUUGUGAUUCAGUUACUUCCUGGUCUGUGACAUCACCACACCUCACCACUGCGAGCCAGCCUGCCACAGACAUGCUGCUAGGUUUUUUUAUUUUGGGGGAGGGGUGGGUUAUCAAAAAGAGAGAGGACCGCCUAUAUGUUAUCAGUUUGAAUGUUUUGUGAUGUGAAUGUCUGGCUUUUAAUGGUGUAGAGUCUCAUACUGUUCUAUAUGUGAAUCCUGUAAAAACACCCUAUUUGGGUGCCUGUUUAGUAAAAAGGGUAUGAAGCUAAUUGUCCCUACAGACAAGCUAGGUUAUCAAGUAAUACUGUUUUUUUUUUUUUUUUACAUUAUUAUUAUUAUUAUUAUUAUUAUUAUUAUUAUUAUUAUUAUUAUUAUUAUUAUUGUCAAACAAAAGGUUCAACUAUUGAAGAAUAAUGUAGACAAAAAUCAAGGGAUUCUAUUUUUGUGUAAAAUUGAAUCUGAUAUGGGGCACUGCAGAUUAACGGGAGAGAGCACAGUUGUUUUAAUUUGUAUUCUUUAAUCAGUGGCAGAGACAAAGACAGACUUGUGCAGGAUAACCCCAAACUGGUUUACCCAAGUAAACCAGUUUGUAUGUAUAACUGGUACUUUAUUUGGUGCCAGUUUUAAACACAUACGUUAUGUUUUACAGUAUUUUGAAACAGUAGUUAGCAGAUAACCGUUAACAAUCUGUACAGUGUUUUGGGGAAUAAAGAUGUUUUUGAUUGUACCUCUGUACUACCACUUUAUUCACAGAUGAUCUUUGUAGCAUAGCCACUUGUUCCUAGAGUGGAAAAAAAUGAUUUAUUCUUAACACACACUAAUGCCUGCCUUUGGACCUCACUGGUCUACAAAACAAAUGGUACCACGGACUGCCAUGCAAUAUCCUCAGGAUAUUAGUUUGUAUAAAGUUAUGUACAGCUGUAAAUGCAAUAUUUUAAACUCCCUUUGCCUCCUUGUUUCAUGAUGUUGCUGGAGCUGUAAACUAAAAUACAGUGAUUUGCAAGUGGUGAAAGAACGAAGCAAGCCCACUAAAAGACAAUAAUAAUUGUAUAUUUGAUUGUGAUGCUACAGCAAAGAUCACCUGAACGCUGGCAUACAUGUUAACACUUGGGGCGUGAAUCCCACCACCGCUGAUACUACAUGGAUACAAUGAAAAAUGGAUAUAUGAAUUUACAAAAUGUAUAGUAGUUUGUGAUUAUGUAGAUUUGCUUUUGUAAGAAACUAUGUUUUAAUAAAAUAAAAUGCUUUCAAUUUGUUGUGAAUAUACAUCCAUAUACAAAAGCACCCUUGAUGUAAUAUAAUAAAACAAAACAUAAUAAUCUAUGACAUUUG